AUGUUUGCAACCAAAAUAUUGAGAAACGCUCAAUCCAUUAAAAAUGAAUUACCACAUCGUGAAGUUGUGAAAAUGGCUUAUGAUUUACACAAACCAAGAUCAACCGCCAUACGGAAUUUAAAUGAAAACCAUGAAGAACCAAUCUUAUUUAUGCAUGGUAUAUUUGGUUCCAAAAAAUCUUAUGUUCAAGAUUCAAAAUUAAUAUCAAGCGCUACACAUACUCCAGUUUAUACAAUUGAUUUAAGAAAUCAUGGUGAAAGUGCACAUGCUCAACCAUUUGAUUAUGCUACAUUAGCCGCUGAUGUUAAAGAAUUUUGUGAUUCUCAUAAAUUGGAUAAAGUUAAACUAGUUGGUUACUCAUUAGGUGCAAAAGUUUCAAUGUUGACAGCUUUACAAUAUCCAGAAUUGGUUAAAUCUGCAGUUAUUAUUGAUAAUGCCCCAAUCCCACAACCACAAAUUCAAUUAUUUAUGAAACAAUAUAUCAAAGCUAUGAAAACCGUCUUGAAUGAAGCUAAUAUAAGUGCUGAUGAUAAAGAUUGGAAAAAUAAAGCAUCUGCAGCAAUGAAAAGAUUUUUACCAAAUGGUGUUAUUAGAAAAAACUUGUUAGCAAAUUUAGUUAAUAAGCCGCCAAAGGAUUUCGAUUCACCAGUUAUUGAUUUUGGUGAUGGACAAAUUCAUUUUUUGAAUCCUAUUGAACAAAUGGAAGAAAUGGCCGUUGAAGAUGUCACAGAUUGGCCAACUGAAUUAACAAAAGAUUUGGUAUUUGAAGGUCCUGUUAAAUUCAUUAGAGGUUUAAAAUCACCAUUUAUAACUGAUGAAGGUUAUGAAGCUAUUCAAAAACAUUUCCCAAAUAACGAAUUCCAUGAUUUAAACUCUUCGCAUGAUAUCUUGGAUCAAAGACCAACUGAAUAUGUUAAAAUUAUUAAUGAUUUCUUCAACAUCCAUAGAUAUGAAUCUGCCCCUGAUAGCACAAUUUUGGGCCAUAAAGAUCAUCCACAAACUCAAGCUAGAAGAAGUCAUUUGUAA